UAGAACUCAGGCCAGCUCUGAGGCCAAGCCCAGCUCUAGAACCCAGAUGAGAUCUGAGACCAAGCCCUGCUCUGAAGCCCAGGCCAGCUCUGAGAUGAAGCUCAUCUCUAGAAUCCAGCUGAGCCCUGACAACAAGCCAAACUCUGGAACCCAGACACAUUUUAAGACCCAGACCAGCUUGGAGACCAAUCCCAGUUCCAGAAUCCAGGCUAGCUUGGAGGCCAAGCCCUGCUGGAAAACUCAAGCUGACUCUGGAACUCUGGACAGCUCCAUGAUGCAGCCGCACCCGGACACUCGGUCUAGCUCUGGAACCCCAGUUAAUUUUGGAACCCAUGUGAGAUUCAUGAAGCAGCCCAGCUCUGGAACCCCAGCCAGCUCAGGAUUCAGAGACAGCUCCCAAACCAAAUCUUAUUCAAGAACUCAGACCAGCUCAGAAAACCAGGUCCACACAGCUGCCCCGUCCAGAUCCCAACCCCAGUUGCAUCCAAGUGCCCAUCCCCAUCCUGCAGCCCAGUCCAGCUCCAGUGAUGAUUCCAGCUCUGAGACUGAGCCCACCUCUAGAACCUCGCCCAGUGCUACAACCAGGCCCAACUCCAGGAUUCAGACCAGCUCUGGAACCCCAUCCAUCUUGGAAGCGAGACCCAGCUCCAGCACACAGCUUGGUGCCAAGCCCCACUCUCCCUGCAGAAUGCAGGUCAGCUCUAGAAUGCAGUUUACUUCCAAGACCCAGACCAAUUCCAAGGCCUGGCCAAGCUCCAGAGCUCAAUCCAGCCCAGGCACCACACCCAGCUCUAGAACUCAGCUCAGUUCUGGAGCACAGGCUGGUUCUGAAAUCCCAGCCAGCUCCAAAACACAGACAGUGGCUGAGACUCAGUCAAGUUCCAGAAUCCAGCUAAGCUCUGGAGUCCAAUCUAGUCCUGGGACCCAGGCCAUGGCAGCAAUGGAGUUAAGCUCCACAGCCCUGUCUAGUUCUGACAGCAGGCCCAGCUCCAGGACCCAGCACUGCCCAGGAGCGCGACCAGCCUUUGGGACUCAAUUCUCCUCUAAAACCCUGCCAGGUUCUAGAUACCAGCUCCAGACCACAGCCCCAGACAGCUCUGGUAUUCGACUGGACUUUGGGAAGCAGACCAGCUCUGGAAGUCAGCCUAGCUUUGGAACUCAGCCCAGCUCUGGGACCCAGAUAAGCUCAAGAAUUCAAGCCAGCUCUGGAAGUCAGCUUAGUUCUGGAACCCAGCUGAUUUCCGGAGACCAACCCAGCUCCAGAACGCAGACUAGUGCUGGAAACCAGCUCAGCUCUGGGACCCAGGCCAGUGCAAGAAUUCAGCUCAGCCCUGGAGCUCCUCUUAGCUCCAGAACCCAGUCCAGUCCUGAGACCAGGCUCAGCUCCGUGGCCCAGUCCAGCUCUGGAACCCAGUUCAGUUCUGGGAUUCGGUUCGGCUCUGAAACCCAGACCAGCUCAAGAAUUCAGCCCGAGUCUGGAGCCCACCUCAGCUCCAGAACCCAGUCCAGCUCUGAGACUGGGCUCAGCUCUGAAACCCAGACUGGCUCAAGAAUUCAGCCCAGCCCUGGAGCCCACCUUAAUUCUGGAACCCAGCCUAUUUCUGGAACCCAAUCCAGUUCCAGAACUCAUACCAGUUCAAGAACCUGGCUGAGCCCUAGAAAUGGACUCUGCCCACAGACCCCUGGCCUUGACCCUAGAAUCCAGCUUGAGGCCCCUGCCCCAGCCCGACCUCAGCCCGCAGGCCCAUCCCCCAGAGACCCCACCCCAGCCCCUAGCAAAGACCCCCAGCCUCUGCCUCAGCCCCAUGAUCAGGUACGUGGCAUCCAGGCCAGCCUUGGCCCCAUCCCAGGCUUACCCCAGGCCUCCUACCUGGCCCCCCAGCCACAGGUCUCCUCAACCCCCCAGAAGCCAGCCGUCUCUCCCAAACCCUGGGUGGGACCCCAGAAUUCCACCCCACCCACCAUAUCUGCCACUCUUAGUCCUGCCCCCAGGGCAGCCCUCCUGAGUUCCCAGCUGUCUGAGUCCCCAGCUUUGGCGCCAGCCCUUUCCCCCACUCUGGGGGAGCCAGGGCCCCGCCCUUACCGCGGGGGGCCGUAGCUUGGCUGUGACUUAGCCCUGGUUCAUGUGGUUCCCGUCCUCUCCUGUCCCUCCCAGCCUGGGUCCCCCAGAAGCAGCAAGUGACCUUAUUUCCCCAGCAGGCGGUGGUGGGGGGUGUGCGGUGGUGAAAACAGGGGCUUCACUGGCCCUGGCUCAGAUCCAGGUCCUUGGAGGGAGAACGAGAGCAGGAGAUGGGUUGCACCGCAUGUACCCUGAGGGCUCAUGGUGAAUAAAGGCACCUUCCAUCUCUGCA